AAAGUGGUUGUGACUUCUGGGCGAAGGGGGGCAGCGCGGGGGGCGAUCCGAAGGCAACGUGUUAGUGGAAAAACUGCUUUUGAAAAAGGGAAAAUCUCCCCCGAAAAGCCCGCCCAAAAAAGGCACUAGCAACAACAACACCAGAGAAGCGACCAAGAUGAGCAUGUCGUGGCAUUUUUGAAGCAUCGAUCUUAGUUUGUUAGCCAGCUUUCUGUUCAAGUCACCGAGGUACCAGAGUCUCCCCCCAAGUUCCAGCAGCUCCAAGUCCGCACCCGAGUCCCCCGAGAUCCCAGCGAGCAGUCCAUGAUGCAUAUCAAGAGCCUGCCCCAUGCCCAUGCCGCUGCCACGGCGAUGAGCAGCAACUGCGACAUCGUCAUAGUGGCCGCCCAGCCCCAAACCACCAUAGCGAAUAAUAACAACAACGAGACGGUCACCCAGGCCACCCAUCCCCAUCCCGCUCACAUGGCGGCGGUCCAGCAGCAGCAGCAACAGCAGCAACAACAACAGCAGCAGCAGCAGGCACAACAGCAGCAGCAGCAGGCACAACAGCAGCAGCAACAACAUCAUCAGCAGCAGCAACAACAGCAGCAGCAGCCGAGCGGACCUCCCUCCGUGCCGCCCCCGCCCACGGAAAUCCCCUUUCCCCUGCAGAUGCACUUGAGCGGGAUCUCGGCGGAGGCGCACAGUGCCGCCCAAGCAGCGGCCAUGGCAGCUGCCCAGGCUGCAGCAGCUCAGGCCGCAGCGGCGGAGCAACAACAGCCGGCAGUGCCGCCUCCACCGCCGCCACACCUGACGCACCUGACCACGCACAGUCCGACGACGAUCCCCAGCGAUCAUUACCUGGCCAACGGACAUGGCGAACAUCCCGGCGAGGCCAGUGCCAACGCGGGAGGCGGUGGCGCAGGAGGUGGAGGAGUCCGCGAGCCGGAGAAACCCUUCCACUGCACCGUCUGCGAUCGUCGCUUCCGGCAGCUGAGCACACUGACCAACCACGUAAAGAUCCACACUGGCGAGAAGCCCUACAAAUGCAACGUUUGUGAUAAGACCUUCCGUCAAUCGUCGACGCUGACGAACCAUCUGAAGAUCCAUACGGGCGAGAAGCCCUACAACUGCAACUACUGUCCCAAGCAUUUCCGUCAGCUGAGCACUCUGGCCAACCAUGUGAAGAUCCACACGGGUGAAAAGCCGUUUGAGUGCGUCAUCUGCAAGAAGCAGUUCCGGCAGUCCAGCACACUCAACAACCACAUAAAGAUCCACGUCAUGGACAAGGUCUACGUUCCUGUUAAGAUCAAAACGGAGGAGGAGGAGGGGUGACUAGGACGCAUGGCGUUGGCGGCACACCACCAUCAGCACCAGCAGCAGCAGCAGCAACACCAGCAGCACCAUCACCAACAGCAGCAGCAUCAGCACCAUCCUCCGCCUCCGUCCCAGCAGCAGCAGCACAUCGAGCAGCGAGGAGUCACCAUUACCACGCUUCCCUCCGCCACGACAGUGGCCCAGCAUCAGCAGCAGCAGCAGCACAUUCAGGACGGCUCGCCGCACCACCACUUCAAUGUGGCCGCUCUGGGCGACCUGUCCAGCGCCAUGCAACUGGGCGCCGUCACGGCGGACGGCAGCUUUGUGACCAUGGGCGGCGUGGUGGUGGGCCGCAUACAGCAUACGCGCGAGGAGCUGCAGCAGCUGGGAGUAAUCAAGGUGGAGUCACCAUCGAAUGGUGGCUCAGCCACGACGUCAGCGGCGGCGGCAACGCAGCGCGAGGGAUGAGUCGAUGAGCUGCUCCUCGAGUACAUGCUCAAGGAGGAGAAUGUGGAUGAGGCUGAGGAGGAUGAACAGGAGCAGGAGCCGGAAAUGGAAAUUGAAGCGGAAACGGAUGUAGUGGAGAACCAGGAGCAGCAGCAGGAUCAGGAGCAGGAGGAGGAGCAGCGAUCGAGCCAGAAGUGAGCCAUGUUUGGUGUGUACGCUUACGUUGUUGUUAGUUGUUUAAUUGUAGCGAACAUUGUUGUUGUUGUUAAGGUUUAAAUGUGUGACUAAGAACUUACCAAGAUGAAUGUAUAGCAAACGCUUCAAAAGUAGCUAACCGAAAGGCGCCAACACCAGCACCCAGAGCUCCCCGAAAAAACCGCAAAACCGUAAACAUAAAUCCGAAACCAGAAACAGAAAUUCUAACACAAAUAGAAAAGCUAAAAGUAAUACUUAAAAACCAGAAGAAGAAAGACCUUAGCGGAGAGUUGUCCACAUAACAACGCACCCCAACUCACAUUCUCAGCUCCCGGAAAUAGAUUAAACCACUCUCUACUCACUUAAAUAAUCCUAACCAUAACUAGAAGAAAGCUAAAUUGCUGAUAGAAAAAAGAUAACUAAACCCGUAAUAAGCAAAAAGUCAUUGCGUGUAAGGAAACAGAACUAAAGUGCUUCUCAAAGUGCGAACCCAUUUCAAGAUGUAAAUUUGUUGACCCCACUCACUUUCAAAUUGUUUAACUUAGCAUUUAACGUUUACUAUAAAUUGUACGCACCCUGACUUAGUCAGGUUGCCGACGUUUUUGCGCGCCAUCUUGUGAGGGCGUGUUUUGGUCUGGGUUAACACAAAUACAAUUUGUUUUAAAAAUUCCUAGCUUAAUUAUUUAAUUUCCUGAACCUAUCAACAAACCAUAAACAAUACCCUACAGAAAACGGCAAACAAAAAAAUUCUAAUAGCGUUAAGUGGUCGAAACUAUCUAACUUCGUAGUCCCUAGAGAGCCAUAGUUUUAAAUGCAGCGUUUUGUUAAUUUUAAUUGAUUAGUCUUAGUAGUUUUAAUUUCUGCAUUGGCGCAAUUUGGAAACACAAAAGCUGUUAUGCUGGCCUUCGUUUAAAUAUUAGUUAAUGAAGUUAAUUACGAUUAUGCGGUAGGAAAGCAACAAGUUCUGUACAAAGCCCAACUCCAAUUUGUAUGUAUAAAGCGAAAGCAGCGGCGUUAAGGAGAGAGUUUACCUAAUUGUAAAACAAAACCCCUUUUUAAAAGAGAAAAUAAUAUUUUCUAAAAAUACAA